ACUUAAACUCACUUCGAGGCGGACUGUGAAAGUUGUGAGACUGAAUCACGUCCAUUUUUCUAUGGUCUUUCUUCUUUAUCGUGAAGUAGCGGUAUUUAUUAUAUACAAGAAGUAUAUUAAAAGCGUGGGCUCAAGUUAUCGUAUACGCUGUGUAAGGGGAAUAUAAAAACAAUAUUGGACCAUGAAUAUUGUGGCGAAAAAACAGCAACGAGGCAAAAGCUUGAAGCUCAGCUUUUCCAUAAUUUUCAAAAAUGCUAGUUCUACUGAAAAGUUAAGCGACAUCUUCAAUAUUGAUGACUUAGCAGAGGUACGAUUUAAAUUCGUAUCCUCCACUGAUACCUUGACCACAUUUCUGUCCUUAAAGAAACAUGCUUCAGCAAAGGACACUGUUGUCAAAAUAGACGUUAAAAGCGAAGACCUAGGCUACACUCAACAAUGGGUGUGCACUGAGCAUUGGGUAGAUUGGCAAGAUAUGGGGGUAAAACCGACUAUGACGCGUGUGGAUAAUUAUUUGGUCGCGUUCCGAAUCAACAUCACUCUGAUUGAAGAGAAAUGUUUCAACACUCCAAAUAUUUAUGAGGAUAACGACUUUACUGAUUUUCAUCUGAGCAGCGCCGAAGGCCGUGUGGCAGUGCACAGAGUUCUCCUCGCCACCCACAGCGAAGUGUUCAAGACAAUGCUCGGCCAUGAGUGGAAGGAGACCGCUGAAGGCAAUAUACAGGUGGAAGGAGUCACACUGCAGACCCUUAAGCAUCUAAAGCAGUAUAUGUACUUGGGCACCUUGCCUGAUGAUGGCCUGCGUCAACUGCUACUGAUUGCUAGAUACUAUCUAAUUGACAAUUUGAAAUCAGCAUGCAUUUCCAUGCUGGCUCGGACGGCCACCCCCGACAACUUGGAGGACCUUCUUGAGUUUGCUAUAGACAACAAAAUAACUGAGUUAGCUUUAGCCAUUCUGCAGCUGACUCCUGAUGAUGUUGUAGAUGGUGCUUACCAAAUGAAGAAACAGGAAUCUGCUAGCGGACAAAGCGGUGGGAAAUAAUAUGUUUCACCCCGGCCAGACAUAUUUUAAAAAUAUGAUUGAUUCAUUUAUAACUAUUGCUCUUCUUAAUUUUUAGGUGCUUACUCAUUUUGAAUUCAUUAAUUCUUUUAUAUCUUUUUAACAAUCAUUAAUUUGAGUUACCUUAUAACUAUAAUUAUUACGUAGAAUUUAAUUAGUAUUAUUACUUUUAGACCAAUCCCCUUAUUCAUACACGUACCCUAAAGUUAUCAAGCCGAUAAAGUUCGUUUGAACUUUUCUAUCACACCAAUACGUCGGAAAGGGACAAACGAACUUUAUCAGCUUGAUAACUUCAGAGCACGUUUAUGAAUUAAGGGGGUUAAACUGUAGUAAGAUUGAAUGUGGCGAAAACCGCUUUGUGUGGACCGGGCUAUUUCCGCAGUGCUACUUGUUACGCGGUCGGAGGUUGAUCGCACGUGGCACAAAGGUAUUUCAUAGAUGCUCAUGCCAAAUAUACCACUCCAUUUUUGUUAAAAAAAUAAUUAAUAAAAUUUAAAAUUUGAACUGUUUAUUUCUUUGUAUAUGUUCGGCCAUUCAAGACGGAAGACCGUCCGCGAGAAAUCAAUCUCAAUCAAUGUAUGACUUAAAUCAAAAAUGAAUAGCUAAGUGUCAUUAUUAAUUAUUAUGUUUUGUUUUAUUUUAAUUGACUAAGUUUAAUAUGUUUAGAAUAAUUAUUUUUGUAGAAAUUUAUAAAAUUAUAAUGGAUC